CAAGACGGUGAUCAUGAUAAACAAGUCCCAUGCGAUAAUUAGAUCAAAUCAAAAGAAAAUUAUUUGUUCCUUAAAAAAAAUACAUGAUGGUAGUGAAUGAUAGUACGGACAACAAUGGUACCGAGAAUGGUAAAUCUGUGCAAGUGAAUGUUUCAGAACAGUGCAAUGAAUUCAAAGUUUCAGGUUGGGGAUAUCGACAUCAACAAUGUCUGAUUCUUUUCUUUUGUCUUCUCACCGCACUAAGCAUGCGAUCAUGUAUGGGAGUAGCCUUAGUAGAUAUGGUAAACAGCAACAUUGAGUAUUCCGAUAAGAAUUUAGUCCUUGCUAAUGCAACGGAUAUAAAUUCACUAGGAAAAAAAUAUAACGGGAGUUACUUAAAGGAAAAUAAUAUAACUGACGAUACCGAGGCUAAAAGUCACAUUCAAGUGGUUCUACAUUCACUUUUGUUGAUACCACCAUACCCCAAAUUCCAAUGGACCAAAAAGACCCAGGACAUAGUAACGUCAUCAUUUUUUUGGGGCUAUAUGCUGCUGCAGAUACCAGGUGGACAACUGGCACAUCGUUUUGGUGCUCGAUACCUACUGACUGGAGCUCUCUUGAUAAAUGCAGUUAUGUCCUUCUGUGUACCUUGGGCAGCAUUUUAUGGUGGUUGGAUAUUGUUGGCAAUAUUCCGAAUGGUACAAGGUUUGACCCAAGCUUGCUUGCUGCCGGGAGUUCAUACCAUAUUGGGAAAAUGGGCACCUUUAGAAGAGAGAGGUAGAUUAGCUGGCUGGGCUUAUGGAGGUUCCGUCCUAGGUGCAGUGUUGGGUUUAACUAUAACUGGUUUCAUCGCAACAUCGCCACUAGGUUGGCCUGGUAUUUUUCGUUUCUACGGAAUAAUCUCAGCAAUCAUUGGCAGUGUGAUGUGGAUUUUUGGAGCGGACACUCCUGCUCAGCACAAAAGUAUAUCCGCUACUGAGAGACGAUAUAUUGAAGAGAGGUUAGGUAGCAAUGGAAAGAAGAAACGCUCGAUCCCCUGGUCUAGCAUUCUUCGGUGUCGUGGUGUUUGGGCAAUAAUAGCAGCUCAUGUAGGCCAAUCGUGGGGCCAACUUACCUUCUAUACUGAAGUUCCAGCCUUCAUGGACAAAGUUAUGGGAGUUAAUAUAAAAGCGAAUGGAAUGCUCACAGCGUUGCCGUAUCUUAUGAUGUGGUUCGCAAACUUCUUCUUCACCUGGUUCUCCGACAUGUUGAUUGUUAAAAAGAUUCUCAAUGUAGCUAAUACAAGAAAAUUAGCUAAUUCAUUUGGAAGCUUUCUUCCAGCCAUUGGUCUGGUGGUGUUGGCGUUUGUUCCUAAGAACAUCUAUGUGGUUGAAGCUGUACUUAUCAUUCUCUGCGUCUGCAAAGUCGCUGCCAACGUCGGAUUUCAUAUUAACCAUAUCGACCUAUCAAGUAACUUUUCCGGGACUUUGAUAGGCUUAAGCAACUUCGCUGCCAAUGCGUUUGGUUCACUAGCACCGAUAGUAGCUGGUCUCAUCCUUACUGAUGUCACUAGUGAAUAUCUAUGGAGGAAAGUUUUCUUUGUGUCUGCUGGUUUGUACGUUAUUACGAAUCUGGUUUAUGUGAUGUUUGGGGAGGGAGAGAAGGCAGAUUGGGACAACCCCCCCGAAGACGACAGUGAGGAAGAAAAAGAAGACUCCAAUGAAUUGGAAUCAAUGAUAAAGGAAAAUACAGUUACUUUACAACAGUAAUAAGAUAUAUUCCACAAUUGUUUAGUGUCUACUUUAUAUUGUAAUUAGGUUUAUGUAUUUAUGAAAUUAUUGCAAUCGAAAUUAAUA